AUGAGCCGACAGAGUAUGACCUGUCAAAGAAAGUAAAACAACAGUUCUAAAAAUUAAUUCAGAGAUAAUUCUGUUACCUCUAAGAUACAGAUCUUAGAAACUGAGCUACUAAAAUUAAACCCUCUAAAAUUUGUAAAGAAUGAAAAAUUUGGCAGCUGAUGAAGUUGUAUGGAAUAACCUUUCAAGAAUCUUGGAGGUUGAAUUGGUGAUCAAUGCAAUGAAGCCUCUCGAGGAGUUGAAGAAAUCAGUGAAAGCGGCUAAAAUUACUAUGGCAGCAGUGCAAGAGAGUGACGACACCAAUUCCAAUAUGCUCAAGAAUCUUGGGGAUUUACUCUAUCAAGCUGAUGAUCUUCUUGAUGAAAUCCUUACUUUCAAGCAAAAUACUGGUAGCGGAUUCUCUAGAAAGGCUGGCCUUUUAUUCUCAUGUCAUAACCCGCUUUUUUACCCUAAUAGAUUGGGUGAGCAAGUUAAGAGAAUAAGCCAAAAGAUAGGAGAGCUUACGAAGCAGUUGCACUAUGAGCCCGAGCCUGAGCCUGGGCUUCAGGGGCAAUCGACAUCAGAGCCUGAACAUCAGCCUCAAACGGCUCAGAAUGAAACAGAGCAUACUCAGGAGUUCAAGCUUGCUGAAAACAAAGUCAUUGGUAGGGAAUCUGAUAAAGAAAAGAUCAUAAAGAUGCUGCUGCGACCUAAGACAGAAUUUACAAAUGAUGUUUCUGUCAUCCCCAUACAUGGAGCACCAGGAGUAGGAAAGUCAACUUUGGCCAAGUAUGUGUAUGAUGAUAAAAAGGUCAGCAGUCAUUUUGACUUAAAAAUCUGGAUUCGAGUGUCAGGGCUCACUGACGAAGCAGAAAUUGUACGAGAAAUUGUUAAGUCUUGUACAAAUUGGUCUAAUGAUAACAGAAGCUCCAAACUCACCAACAUUCCCCAUUCCCGAUUUUAUGAUCUUUUAGGUUGUCAGAAUGAUGAUAGAUCAGCAAUUCCUCCAAACGAUAGUAAUAGCAAUAAUGAAAAAGACAUCUCUAAGCGCCGACUUCAAAAAGAGAUUGAGGGGAAACUCUAUUUACUCAUCCUAGAUGAUGUGGAAGUCUCCAUCAAAAAAUGGGAUGAUUUGAAAAAAUUGUUAGCUGGAGGUGCAAGAGGAAGUCAUAUUUUGGCGACUACAAGGUUUAAAGAAAUUGCAAAAUUAUCAAAAUCUGAAGGAGUUGAGUAUUACGAGCUAGAAGGUCUGCAAAAGAAAGAUUGUUGGUCUUUGCUCAAAACAUUUGCAUUUGGCAAUACAGACAGUCCAGGGAAAUCAAAUGCAUUCAAUCAUAUAGGGGAACAAAUUGCUCAUGACAAAUGCAAAGGUGUUCCGCUUACAAUAAAGGUUGCAGCAAGUCUUCUUGGGAAAACUAUAGAAGAUUGGGUGUCUUUCAAUGACCAAAUACCUAAUAAUCUGAAAGAGAAGAAAGACAUCAUGAACCAUAUCUUAGAAAAGAGCUACACUGCCCUUCCAGCGCACCUGAAGGCUUGCUUUGACUAUUGCUCCUUGUUUCCUGAUGAUUUUAAUUUCAACAAGCACGAUCUGAUUAGUCUCUGGACAGCACAAGGAUACGUUAUUCACCAACAGGUGAACCCGGGCUUGGAAGAUGUUGCAGAGAAGUACUUUCUCGAAUUGUCUCGGCGCUGCUUCUUUGAGGAUGUGAGCACUAAUGAUUUGGGGCACAUUUUGACCUGUAAGAUGCAUCGCAUUAUGCGUGACUUGGCCCAUCAACACACAGCUGGGGUUUUAGAUACAUAUGUGAAAGAUUCAAGAGCCAAGCAAGUUCCAGAUUCAGCAUGCAAACAUGAUUCUUUUACCCCCGUUGGAGAUUCUCCAACAAAAAUUGCACCAUCCCUAGUUCAGGCUCGAAAUUUACGGACACUCAUUUCGGUCAAGGAAACAGAUUGUGACACAAAGAUGGGUCCAUUGGUGUGUGACAGAUUGAUCUCCAGGUUAAAAUGCCUCAGGGUGCUGGACUUCCAUGAUCUUGGGAUAGAGGAAUUGCCAGUAUCCAUUGGCAAGCUCAUCCAUUUGAGAUACCUAGAUCUCUCCAAGAAUGGACUAAUUACUCUUCCAAAGUCGAUUACAGAACUGUACAACUUGCAAACACUGAAGCUUAACUCAUGCUUGAGGCUGAAAAGAUUAUCUAGAAACUUUGGAAAGCUAGUCAAUCUUCGACGUUUUGAGAUUGAUGAGUGUGAUAGCCUGGCUAGCAUGCCCACCGGUUUAGAGAAACUAACUCAGCUUCAGACACUGAGUCGGUUUGUAGUCAGCAAGGACUGUUCCACAGAACUAGAAGUUCUGAAUAAACUGGUGAAUUUGAAAGGACGGCUGGAAAUCGAGCUGUCUGGAGAUUGGGAAACCAACAUACCCGAAUCUCAGAAGACAAAAUGGCAAAUAAAAAACCACCUUGAGGAAUUGAAGAUAAGCUGGGCAAAAACAGCUUCAAAAAAUACAUCUUAUCUGCAGCUACUAGAGCAGCUCCAACCAACUUCGAAACUGAGAAUCCUUCGCAUAGAAGGAUAUAAAGGGGGGCACUUUCCAGAUUGGUUAAAGAAAAGCAUGUUGUCUUGUCUCUCCGAUUUAGAGGUUAUCAGCAUUGAGGGAUGUGACCAAUGCAAGCAUCUUCCACCAUUUGGUAAGCUUCAAUCUCUUAGAAAACUCACCCUUAGACACAUGGCUAAUGUAGAAUAUGUGGAAGGACCACAAGAAGAUGGCAGCAAAUCAUUUUUCCCACGUCUUGAAGAACUUACCCUCCACAACUUCUACAACCUGGAACAAUGGCGGAAAGAUGAGCUGAUGGUACCAGGGAAAGAUCAAACUCGAUCCUUCACUAGACUUAAGAAAUUAAAGAUGUGGAACUGCCCAAAAAUGAUAUCUAUGCCUUUGUUCGAGAAAGUUGUAGACCUUGAGCUCCGCAAUAUCAAUCAGAUGUUGUUACAAGAACUUGCCAAGGCAUCCACAAAAAAAUCUAUAAUCAACAACCUGCAGAUUAAGGAAUGCCACAACCUGGAAAGCUUCAGUGUGGUCAGAAAGGGGCUAGGAGGCCUUCCUGUCCUAAAUGAGCUUGUGGUUGAGAGGUGCAAUGCACUACAUUUGUUGGCGUCAGAGCUGAAAUACCUCACCUCAUUAAACAGGUUGGAGAUUUCCAGCUGCAAAAAUCUCAAUUUUUCUAACAAUGAUAUUACUAAAUCAAGCGACAGUAACACCAUAAUAUGGAUAUCAAGCAAAAUAGUUCAUCUUGAUGAACUCUCAAGAAAUCCAUGGAAAUCGUUGAAAUGUCUUCACCAUUUGAACCUCCGAGAAAUCCCAAAGAUGGAGACCCUUCCGGAGGGGCUGAAACAUGUAACAAGUCUCAGAUCCCUGUGGAUAUCAGCUUGCCCUGCUUUGAAAGCACUGCCAGAGUGGAUUGGUAGCCUGACUGCACUCCAGCACCUUCGAAUUGAGAACUGCAAAAGUCUUAAAACACUUCCAGAUGGGAUCAAGGAUGUACAAUCCCUGAUAAAAGUCGAGAUUAGCGAAUGCCCAGAACUAAUGAAACGCUGCAAAGAGCACACAGGGGAAGACUGGCACAAGAUCAAACAUGCUCAGGUUUUGCUCCGUAAAUCAUGGCGUUAUGGACUCAUGUCAGAGCAAGGAGCCCAACAGAACAGAUCUAAUGUCCGGGCAAUUACUGAUGUUAAGUACUUCAUUGUCCCCGUCAUAGCUGCAGAAGCCGUGGUCUGACACAUCUUUACACAACUACACAAGGAAUGCAGAGUCUGCACAAUGUUAUAUGUUGGUGCAUCAAAAGAAAAGUACACAAAAGGAUUAGAAGAAGCAACUAAUGUCUAAGACAUGAAGCCUUAACUAUUAACAACAGCAACCUUUAGUUAUUACAACACCAUUGUCAAUGCUUCAGUUCGAGUUGCUGAAAGUCAAUAUUGCCACAGCAUGAUUAUUCUGUAAUGACUUUUUUUUUCCUGAAACUUACUUGUUUUAGACCUUAAUCUUUUUCAAUUGCAAAGAUCAUCAAAUUAAACUUCUUUCUUUUUUCCCCCUUUUAAUUGUUUUGGCAAUUGUUAUAAAAAGAAGUUGCAUUAUUUCUCUAAGUUUUUUUUUUUUCUUAUCAUGUUGUAGUUUUAUUAAACAAGAGUCUGCGUGGUGAUUCAGUGAGGAUAUAUAGCAAUAACUGUGACUAAAUAACAGAUAAUAUAAGCAUUUUCAGCAUUUUAGAAAAUCAUUUUUGGUAAUUUCGCAACUUGGUGAGUAUAAGGUCUUUCUCUUUAGGUAAUCAGGUCACACAUUGUUUUUAUACUUUAUUUAGUGUUUCUAGUUUAAAAAUAAAAAAUAAAAAAAAAACAAAAAACAGAAUAAUUUCUUUUCUUCUCAAGCCAUGAUCUGAAAUUUCAUAGCAUAUUGGCUAUGUAAAAAGACUUAUCAGUGAACUUAAAAUAGAAAAUUACCAAAGCUUGAGGCUUCUUGGGUUAUGCCAACUUUUUGGUUUCAGAAGUUGCUAAUCUUAUGAUCUUUAAUAAUUUUGCCAAAGCCAUGAUCUGACAUUUCAUAGCAUAUCUUACCCUUUUACUUGUGUUGUAUGGCCUUGUUUGUGUCACAUGAAGAGAAUUACAUAUCCCCUUGAAUUGAGCUCUCUCUCGUUAGUUUACUUAUCUUUUUAUCCUUUAUCUUAGGGUGAAGCUAUACUGAGUACAUAAUACUCUGUAAUCAAUGAAUAGUACUCAACCAUCAUUUUUUUCCCCAAACUAGUAGCCUUGUUUAGUGUAGUUGAUAUGAUACUUAAGGUACAGCAUAUUACAUUAGUAAUUAUUAUAUUGCAUCAUAUUAGAUCCAAUAAGCAUAUACCAUUAGGCAUUAGCCUAUU